AGUAUGGAUCUUCGGCAUCUGCUGUUUACUUUGGCUCUGAUCUGUGCAAAUGACUCACUUUCUGCAAGUGAUGACCUUUUGCAAUGGCCACAAAUCAGCAAAUGCAGAUCACCUGAAAUGGAGACAUUUUCAUGUUUUUGGACUGCUGGAAAUUUUUAUAACCUCACUGUUCCAAGAAUCCUACAGCUAUUAUACAAGAAGAGUAAUGAGGAAGACUGGAAAGACUGCCCUGAUUAUAUCACUUCAGGACAAAAUAGCUGUUAUUUCAACGCAUCCUACACCUCUGUGUGGACACCAUAUUGUGUCCAGCUUGCCAGUAAAAAUGAAGUAUAUGAUAAAAAAUGUUUCAGUGUUGAUGAAAUAGUACUACCUGAUCCCCCUGUCCAUCUUAACUGGACUCUUCUAAAUACUAGUCAGACUGGGAUCCAUGGGGAUAUCCAGGUAAGAUGGGAUCCACCACCAACAGCAGAUGUUCGGAAGGGAUGGAUUACUCUGGAGUAUGAAUUGCAGUACAAAGAAGUUAAUGAGACAAAAUGGAAGGAGUUGAAACCCAGGCUCUCAACAAUGGUUCCACUGUACUCUCUCAAGACAGCAAGAGAUUAUGAGAUACGAAUCCGAUCAAGACAACGAACUUCUGAAAAAUUUGGGGAGUUCAGUGAAAUCCUCUAUGUAUCAUUUUCUCAAAUAGGCAUUGGAUGUGAUCACUGUACAGAAGAAGUUGAGUUUCCAUGGUUCUUAGUUGCUGUCUUUGGAGUGUGCGGGCUGGCUGUAACAGUGAUCUCAGUCAUGCUGUCUAAACAACCAAGGUUAAAAAUGCUUAUUUUUCCUCCUGUGCCAGUUCCAAAGAUUAAAGGGAUUGAUCCAGAUCUUUUGAAGAAAGGAAAGCUAGAUGAAGUGAAUUCCAUCCUAGCCUGCCAUGACAACUGUAAGACACAGCUAUGCAGUGAUGACUUGUGGGUUGAGUUUAUUGAGUUGGACAUAGAAGACCCUGAUGAAAAGACCAGAGCCUCAGACACUGACAGGCUCCUGAGUGAAGAUCAUCUGAAAUCUCACAAUUGCUUGGGAGCAAAGGAUGAUGAUUCUGGACGGGCCAGUUGUUGUGAACCAGAUAUUCCAGAGACAGAUUUCAGUGCAAGCGACACGUGUGAUGCCACCUCUGACAGUGAUCAGUUCAAAAGGGCUGCUGAAAAAGAAGAGGAUCUCUUGUGUCUUGACAGACAAGAUAAUGAUGAGUCCCUUCCAAGCCUUGCCAACACAGACCCGCAAGGCCGGCACAGGAAUACUCAGUCUGAAAACAGCCUCCUGUGGGCACCCUUUGGAGACAGCCUUGAGUCACCCCGUCCGUCAGUCCAUACCCAGAUAAGCAACCAGAAUUCACUGACAAGUACUGACUUCUACGCUCAAGUGAGUGAUAUUACUCCAGCAGGCAGGGUUGUACUUUCACCAGGACAGAAAUCCAAGCUAGGGAGAGCACAGCAUGAAGGCUGCACAGAACAAAACUUCACCAUGGACAACACCUACUUCUGUGAGGCAGAUGUGAAAAAAUGCAUUGCUGUGACUUCCCACGAAGAGAAUGAGCCACCUGUGCAGGAGCAAGGCUAUAAUGAAGAUGGCUACUUCACCACCGAGAGCCUUACCACUACUGUUGCCAACCUUGGAGCUCCAACAGCAGCACCCCCAAGUUCAGAGAUGCCUGUCGCAGACUAUACGUCCAUCCACAUCGUCCAGUCUCCACAGGGCCUUGUGCUCAAUGCGACCGCGCUGCCGGUGCCAGACAAGGAAUUCAACGUGUCUUGUGGCUAUGUGAGCACAGACCAGCUGAACAAAAUCAUGCCAUAG